AUGCCAGUGAGUGACCUCCACUGGAAGGCAGAGAAUGAAGGAGAUAAAAACAAACUGUAUGAGAAAGCCUUCUCAGCCAGGUAUCUGCAGAACUGGUCUCCUGCCAAGCCAACAAAAGAGACAAUUUCUCCCCAAGAAGGCUAUACUCAGAUUAUUGCUGAUGAUCGAGGUCAUCUGUUGCCUUCUGUGCCCCGUUCCAAGGCAAGUCCUUGGGGUUCUUUCAUGGGCACCUGGCAAAUGCCUCUGAAGAUACCUCCUGCUCACGUGAACUUGACCUCCCGGACAGCUGCUGGUGCUGCCUCCCUCACCAAAUGGAUACAGAAAAAUCCUGAUCUACUUAAGGCCUCUAAUGGGCUUCAGCCCGAAAUUUUAGGCAAGCCCAAAGAUCCAGACAAUCAGAAGAAACUCAGGAAGGAGUCUGUCACGAAGACUGUACAGCAAGCAUCAAGUCCAACCAUAAUUCCAAGAUCCCCUACUAUUGAAAAUUCCCCAGAUCAAUCCCAAAGUUCACACCCUUCUGCAGGUCACACUCCAGGUCCCCAAAGCCCAAUCAGCUCUCCUAAGAGCGGACCUGGAAGCCCCAUGUGUGUGCUAGAACACUAAGCAGGUCUUUUAUGUAGCCACAACCCAGAAAUGCAAAUCUACAACUUCAGGAGCUCAAGAGGCCACACUGAGAAAAAUCCGUCUUGGAGAAUAAAUAAGUAAGACUUAGGUCAGAAAUGUGUAACAGAAAAGUUAUAAAGACAAAUUUGAACAAUAAACAUUGUUGAAUCUUU